UCACAGCCCAGUGGCAUCCUGCAUCUCAGCGCUGGAAAAAAAACUGUUGCUGCACAUUGAUUUUGCUUUAAUUACCUGCGAGCGAAAUCCCUUUAGAGCCCAGAGUCUGGGCUGCUUUUCUAACCUAUCACAGCACAUUGCGGAGUUGCACUCAGACGGAGGCUAGGGACUGCAGUAUAUUGCAAUGAGAAUGAAAUCCAUGCAGGAGAAAAAUCUCGGCAGCAGCUGAAGGAACUUUCCACUGGCUGCGAUCAGCAUGAACUGGAGGAGAGAAAAUAGCUCCCUGGUGGGAAAAGAGCAGAAGAAGGAGGCAUCAUCUUUAAAAUACAGGGGUUUUCAGAGAAUGAAGGUUACAGAGAUGCAAGAGAUAGCCAGCUAGCCAUUAAGGCGGAAUUGCUGGAAAUCUUACAAACACAGGGGAACCAGAUGGUGUGCAGAAAGCCAAGGGAAUACUGAGCGCUUCUACCCAGUUCAAAUCACGAUGGAGAAAGAUCAUGAGAUGGGUUGAAGGAGAUACCAUCUUUGUCCGACUAAAGCUCGCUCAGAACUUGAAUCUUGGGUAAUAGUGAGGCAAAGACUGGCCAGUCCGCUAAAGAAUGGAUCCGAACUUCACCCGUUCCAUGAAAUUUCAUCCCGCCUCCUGGCCCAACAUUUCACUGCUGGCAGAGCAGUUCCAGUUCUGCUCCGAGUCAGUGAGUAGCACCACCUUCCUCAUCGUGGCGUACAGUGCAGUGAUGGCAGUAGGUGUGAUCGGCAACAUGUGUCUGGUUCUGGUCAUCAUCAGGCAGAAGGAGAUGCGCAACGUGACCAACAUUCUGAUUGCCAAUCUGUCGUGUUCUGACAUCCUCAUCUCCACCAUAUGCCUACCGGUGACAGUGAUCUACACCAUGAUGGACCGUUGGAUUCUUGGGGCUGCACUUUGCAAGUUGACCCCAUUUGUUCAGUGCAUGUCUGUCACAGUGUCCAUUCUGUCCUUGGUCCUGAUUGCUUUGGAGAGACACCAACUAAUCAUCAACCCAACUGGCUGGAAGCCAACGGUGGGACAUGCAUACUUGGCAGUAGCUGUCAGUUGGCUGGUGGGAUGCUUCAUCUCCUUGCCCUUUGUGUCCUUCAACAUUUUGACCAGUGAGCCCUACGCAAAUGUCUCCUUUCUCCUGGACAUGUUCGAGGACCACGCAGCUUGUAUUGAGCGCUGGUCUUCAGAGCGACUGAAGCUGGCCUACACCACCUGCCUCUUGAUCUUCCAGUAUGGUUUGCCACUACUCCUGAUGCUGACCUGCUACUUCCGUAUCUUUCUGCGACUCCGAAGGCGCCGGGAGAUGGUGGACCGGGCAAGAGAUGGCAACCACAGGGUCAGCCACAGUCGGAAGAUCAAUGUCAUGUUGGCAUCCAUCGUCGCUGCCUUUGGCCUUUGCUGGCUGCCGCUCACCGUCUUCAACACAGUCUUUGAUUGGAACCAUGAGGCCAUCUCCAUCUGUCACCACAACCUGAUUUUCUCCCUCUGUCACCUGACAGCUAUGCUGUCCACUUGCGUCAACCCCGUCAUCUAUGGCUUCCUCAACAGCAAUUUCCAGAAGGAAGUGAAGGCCAUGCUGUACAGGUGUCGCUGUGGUGGGGCCUCAGACAGUUAUGAGAGUUUCCCUCUUUCCACGGUCAACACCGAGCUGUCAAAAGCUUCUGUGCGCCAUUAAUAAUGUCUAACCUCAGCUGCGUUGUGCCUUUGAGGAUCAUCUGACACUUGUCUCUCUUGCUGUUUCUACCCCCCAAUUCUCCCCUCAUGCCUGAUUUUGCUAUUGAUAUUUAUGUAGAUCUGUGUUAAUGUGGUAUAUCUCUUAAUGGCUGCCUGAUGCAGUCAUGGAUUACCUUGGUCGAUAGCCAAUGUCUUGAAAAUCUGCGUCUCCCGAAAUGCACCUUCAUAGUGAGGCAGAAGUGAGGGAGGGUAGUGAGAUACAGUGCAGUUGACCUGAGCCUAAUGUGACAUUGACAAUGAGUUUGGUUCCCAUUUGUGUUACCACGGUUGUGGACUCGUGGCUGGCUUGGGGCUGAGGUUGCUCUGUGGUUUGGGUUGCCUGUGUGGCUUAUUUGGGUCCUGGCUAUCCAGUCUGCUGAUAUCUGAUGGUCCUCAACAAUGAUUGCACUACUGAGCCAAAGCAAUGCCUCUGCUCGGAUUGAAGAUGCGGGUGGGAGGGGUGGGGGCCUUAGGGGUCAUGUUCCUGGCAUCUCAUGACGAUGCCAAAAUAAUGCCUGAAGCAUCUUUGCAGGCAGAGCAGAUCUUCAGGUUGGGUAAUGCUCAGUUUCAGGGUGAGAAUGCAGGAUUUGGACAAUGGAUGUAGUAUUUAUGAAUAGAACCUUGCACCGUUUUCCGAUUGUUAGUAAUUGUUUUGGAUUAUUUCACAAAACUGCCACGUAAAUGAAUUGGAUGCACUUUGCAACAUUGGAGUUGCUUCUUGCAAGUAGCAUUUUAUCAGCAAAUGGAACAUUUCAUUGAGCUUGAUUGGCCUAGUUUCUUGCUCUUCGGCUUGCCAGUUUCAUUUAAAUAAGCACACUUGGGGUUCAGUUGAUUUCCAAGCCUAUUUCUUUGUCACUGACCAUGCAAGGGAGUCUUCUCCUGUCAUGUGGGCUGAAACGUGGACCAGGGGAACUGAGGGAAGAGGGUUUUAAAUCCAUGCUCCAUGGUAAUGUGUGCAGGCGCUGCACAGUCAGAGAAGCCUGGCAGCAAGACUCAAUUACUCACUGCCUAUGUAACUGAGCCACAAGGGGAACUCUGAACAUAUAAAUUAAAAAAUUGGAUAACUGUAAAAGAACAAAUAGCAUCCAAAGGCUGGCUCUAAAAGUAGCCUGAGGACAAGACAAAGCUACUGAGGGCUGGGGAAACUGAAAAAGGAAUUCUGUAUUUUUAUUAUGUAUUUGCAUAAAAAUGCAUGAGAUUGUUUAAUAUAGACUCUGAUGUUGUGCUUCCAUAUUCUUCUGCCAAACUUUAGGGGCCAUAAAUCUUCAGCAGAGAAGCAGGGGUUAGGGAGGAGGGGGCAGGAUCUGGCACCAGCAAUCUGAGGUCUUUUGCUUCUGCAGGUCAGUGAAUAAGGCUGGGAGAAUAAUGUUUUGUGGGGACACACUCCUCAGCUGUAAAUCUACCCAUGUCGAUAUACUGCCCAUGAUAUAAACUGCCCUGAUUUUGUUUCUGCUAAAUUGAAUGUAAAAGAGAAUGGGCGGGGGUGUCAAUUUGUAAGGGUGGGUUUAUCCCCAUGGGCCAGCCUCAUCUGAACUUCUUCACUCUCUGUUCCAGUCGCUUUGUAAAUAUUUCAAAUUGCUUUCUGUUUUACCUCCAGAAAAAUGAUGUUUUGAUGUAUCUCAUUGAAUGUAUUGUUGGGGGCGAGAUAUUACCAUCAACUUCCCUAAUAAAAUUUAUAAG